AUGCGCCUCCCCAGCCGAGACCUCCUCCCCACCUCUGCGACCGGGGACCGAACCCCGCUCCCGCCGACCCCCCAGCCCCAGCCCCUGCCCGGCUCCCCUGCGCUCACUCACCGCGGCCUCCGCGUCUCGAGCCCCGUCGCCGCUGCUCCGCGCCGCACCCCCCGCGCGUCCUGCGCGUCUCCGCCUCCCGCCCCGCGGCGCCCCCCGCCCGCGCGCCCCCCACGUGGCCGCGGGAACCAGCACCCGAAUCACCUGGCGGCGGCGCCCGGCGCUAACUCACCAAUCGGCGCCCGCCGAGCGGCUCCGGUCGAGCGCGCCGCCCAAUCAGCGGCCGCGAGGGGCCCUGGCACCGCCCCCGCCAGCUCUCGCCCCGGCGCCUCGGCGCUCCGCCUUAAAGGGCCUGAGGGGUCAUCUCUGCCCACCGAGGGCGUCGCUACUCCGGCUGGGGACCCUCAGUGCCCAGGGCCUCGCCGGCGGUUCCCCUCUUUGAAGAGACCUCCCCUUUCUGCCCCCCAGCUAGCUCCUCCUUCUUCAAGCGGCGGCUCCAGCAGCUCCUCCUCCGGGAAGCCUUCCCAGACCACCAGGGACUCCCCUAACCCCUGGAGAGCCGUCGCAACUCUUGCUGGUCACCCCACUCCUCUUACUAGAGUGCAAGCGGCACUGAUGAGAAGGGGCUUCCAUCCCCAGUGCGCAGGACAGAGCCUGUUCCGUUCAGUGGUUGCUGUCUCGAAUCUGGUACUGGGGUUGCCGGCUGAUGAAGGUGAGCGGGAAGUAACAUCACAUCAUUUCAAGUCUGAUCGCCAAGCCGGUGGGCUCGCAGCAGCCCUCAGAACACCCCCCCCCCCACAUCUGGUUUUCACGGCGCAAGCUCCCAUCCGUUUCCUCAGUUAACACCUUCCCGCAUUGACGGUUACUUUCAACCUUGAGCACCAUUAUUGCAUUCUCUAAGGUAUGUCCUCACGGCUGUCCCUGCAACCUACCCCCAAGAUUGCACCCUCCCAAAGCGACUGGCCUAGAACACAAACGAAAACCAAACACAAAGAUGUGUUAUGAGGCUGAACUGUUUCUCCUCCCUUAACCUCCCGUUAUUGAAGCCCUAACCCCUAGUGCCUCAGAAUGUGACUGUGACUGAGAGGGUCCCCAAAGAGGUAAAUUAAAAUGAGGUCAUUAGGGUGAGCACUCAUCCCGUAUCAGCAGGGUCCUUUUAAGAAGAGGAAAUUUAGGGGUGUCUGGUGGCUCAGUCAGUUAAACGUCCAACUCUUGAUUUCAGCUCAGGUCAUGAGCUCAUUGUUCAUGAGUUUGAGCCUCUGCACUGUCAAUGC